AUGGCCCAAGCUUCUGCAGAUGCAUCUUCGCUAACCAUACAGCCUGAUUCCUUCGAAAACCAACUACGUCAAGACAGCGUUGUCAUUCACCCUAAUUCGAACAGGAACUACCAAUGCCAGCGUUGUCUGAAAUCCUUUCCCUGCCACGAGCCAUACUUGUACCACGCAAGCAAGCAUGGCGAUACCAUCGAGUAUAUUUGUUUUGAGUUCAAUCAGUCGGCUUCCUUGGCGCCCGAUAUCAUUGCCUUUCAUGGUGUUUAUUGCCGUCGCAGUACCCACUAUGUUCGAGUAACUAUAUCGAGAUUCUUGGGACACACCUCUACAAUACAGCGGAUAGACGAAGAAGAGGAGUUGACCUUUGAAGAAUUUCUCAAAACAGAUUUCACUUCUACGGAAAGGUACACAGAAACAGUAAAAAGGGUGGAAGAGUUCGAUAGGCAAUGUUGCAGGCCGAUUUACGAUACGAUCACAUUCAGUAGCAAGAAACUAGUAAAAAGGCUACUAUCAUGCUUUUCAUGUAUUCCACUCCCGAGACAGUCAAGGUCUAGUCGUUGGCCUAGCACACGACACAUGAGAUCGACACUACUUGGUCCGUCAACUAAGGAUAUUACUGCCAAUAGCUGGCAAUGUCUGGCUACUGAUGGUCCAAAAUCAAUCGCAAGCCAGCCUAGGACACCGGAAACGAGACUAAAUUCUCCGCAUCCGUCGAUUGAAGCUACCAGUGCCAACAACAGGCAAGAUCCGGUUGCUGAUGAUCCAGUCUCAAUUGCAAGAAAUAGUCUUCCUGAGAAUGUAUCUGGGGUGAUAGCUGUAGAUUCUUUCUACUCAACUCCUAAUGGUGUUCGCGGCGACAAGGUACUUGUCGCAACCCAGCCAGACACUAUAAUCCUCUUGGAGCAAGUUAAUCUUGACACGCUUCUUCGAUACACGCGCAUCACGAACCAACUACGAGAGAUUGUUGGUGACUAUGCCUACGAGGAGCUACGGGAGUAUGAAGAGAAGCGAAUGGAUAUCUCGGAUCCUGUUUACCAGGGCAUUCUACCAGAUGAUUUGCCAAUUAGAGCAGGCGAAGAAAUUCGAUUAGAAGACUGCUCUCCAAUGCUUGAAGCGCAAGUUCGCUCUAUUCUUGACUCAUAG